AAUAGAUAUCUGAUAAUGGCACGCUUAUUUUACAGUCCAGAUAGUCUAAAGUGUGAGAAAGCAAAAGAGUGGUCAGUGGUUUGUGUAUCGCUACGUUGGUUGCGUGACUUACUGCAGAGCGACACAGGGCAGGUUGAUCUUCACCAACCUGUAUAUCAGAAGUUUGGUGAUGAUCUUCAAUCUGGGUUGCUCAUUGACUUGAAUAAAGCGAGAGGUUUGCUCGAACCAUGGAGAAAACCAAUUGCUAUCACUCCUGAGUGUUUAGCCAAGUCAAGUGUGAAACGGAAAUUUCCGUCUCUUCCUCAGAGUCCACUGGUUGCAAAACGAGCAAGACAAGAAGAAAGCUUUGAAGCUCUACCGCGCGUUUGUUUUACUGGUUUCAGUGCUUCCAUUACACUGGAUUUGACAAAGAAACUGGAAUCGUUGAAUGCUCAGAUUGUCACCACAUUAACUCUCUGCACCCACCUUGUGGCUCGAAAUAUUUCACGUACUGUCAAGUUUCUCUGCUGCGUGUCUUCAUGCUCAUAUGUGGUUACACCACAGUGGAUUGAGGAUAGCUUCAGAAAAGGAGUUUUGCUGGACGAGGACAAUUAUUGGUUAUCUGACAAACAAAUGGAGGAGAAGUUCAAGUUUACUCUGCAAGGAAGUGUGUUAAAAGCAAAAGCUUUGCCGUUGUUUAAAGAUUGCUUGUUCUGUAUCACUGAGAAAGUUGUUCCAGAGAAAAAAACAAUGAAACAAAUCAUUGAAUGUGCCGGUGGGCGAGUUCUUACACGAAUGCCAUCAAUCUCUGUCCUCAAACAUAUGAACUCAAGAACGUCACCGAACAAUCGUGUGUUUGUCGUUUCGUGCAACGAAGAUGAGGCAACUUAUCUUUCCAUUCGAAGAGAAGGAAUCCCUGUUUAUAAUGCGGAGAUCGUACUGACCGGUGUUUUAAAGCAGACUAUAGACAUGGACUACUACCGCUUGUAGUUGAAAACAUUUUAUAUUUCUUGUGUUAAUUGGGACCACAGUGCUUUGAACCUGUUAUCAUGAUUUAUGUUCCAGUUUUUCAGUGUUCUUGUUUUCGGACACGUAUACAAUAUGCUUGUAUACAAUAUGCUUGUACUUUUCAGCUGCCCAUAAAAUUGGAAAUAUAUAAACAACUGUUAUUGAUAAGGUUUGAAUGCGAAUAAACACCAGCAAAA